AUGAACUUGACAACACUGGACAACGUCUCGAUCGGAGUUGUGGCACAAAUAUUGCCAAUUGUUGGUAUAUUCGGGCAAGACCUCACGAACAACUUCCUACGAGAGGCAGUCGAUUGCUUUGACUACGUUAUUUUUGCUGUUGGUCCACUGGGUAUCAUCUGGGUUCUCACAGAGAUACUGAAAACGGUGGGGCCAAAUUGCCUAAAGAAGCAUAUUCAGAACAGUGAACAGGAGGUCGUUAAUGAGCAGAAUAUUUAUCGAAUGAUAGCCGUCGCCGCCAUUCUAGCGGAGCUCGGACUUUUCGCAUUGUUCGUCACGAUGAAGUACAGCAAGUUUUUGCGAAGCGAAUUCCAGAUAUUCACUUACAGUUUUAUCUGCGCUGUGGCUGGGACUGGCAGUUUGUUCAUCGGUUUAUUUAUUACUGCCGUACUGAUCAGUCAUACGUCUCAGCAAAUCAGAUGGAAGCUAACCAAUGAAUGUCCGCGAAAAGCUUACAUCUUAUGGCUCCAGCGUGGCUUGGAAGAAAACCAUGAGAAAAAACACGACAGGUUCGCUUCCUAUAUUAUUGUAAAGGAGAUCCGCAGCGAAAUCCGACAAUCACACAAAGAAUAUAUACCGAGCGAUAAGGAAAACGCGAAAGAAAAGCCUUCCCAACGAAAAGUCCAAGACCAAUGUCUCGGUAUCGUCGCCUUCGUUAGCGUAGGAGCUGGCUACGCAAGCCAAGUCAUCGGGGUUGCGGGAAUGCAUUAUCCAACGCAAAUUGCGGUCUUUGUCCUAACGAUACUUAUGCUUGUAGUUAGGAUGCUUUCCCGCAAGGUAUCGGAUCCAACUCAUUAUACAAAAACACACUCAGAUCAUGAAAUGGAUUGGCUGGCUCUCAUGCGAGCGCUAGAUCCAGAAGCGCUACAUCAAACUCCUAAAGCCCCCCCAAAAUGGGCCAUUAGUGCAGGACAGGAUCUCUGCAAAUCCAUUGAACGCGUCGCUAAGGAUUUGCAAGUCCAGGGUAAUGUUAUAGAAUGGAAACUACCGGUCGAUCUAAAGCAAAAUAAAAGGGAGACUGUGACAUUUUCAAUGCAUAAAAUGAAUGGCAAAUGGAAAGUGGAUGAAACUGAGGAACAUCGAAUUGAAUUUGCAUUGAGCCUGUGGCUUUUCUACAUCAAAGAAAGCUACAAUGAAGAUCAUACUUUUCCGCCCACGGAUUGGACAGUACUUUUCCUUGGUCCAAGAGACAUAGGGAGGGACCUGGAGAAAUUCUGGUUACCUCCGGAUCAAACUUAUUUCAGGAGGCUACGCUACAUCCGAGAGCAAGAGGGACAUCACGAUCACGAGACUCAAUCCUUCGCAAGAGGAGUGGAUCGAAAUCUCAUCGUUGGAUACCAGGAAGACGACUUUAAAUCUCAUGACCAGAAAGUUAAGAUUCUCGUUCCCUGUCAUUGGAUGGGCGAUCUACGAGAUCGAUCUUUUCCGAGACAUACUCCGGCAGUAUAUAUGAAAUCUGAUGUGAUUUCGCUGCUUGCCCGACAUAUAUUCUUGAGGUUCAUGUGGAAGUGCGCGGAAUACGUUGAUGAUGACAAAAGACUUGACUUGGCCCGGGAGAUUCAGGAUUUGGAGAAACACAAAAAGAAAAGGUUGGUAUACAUUGAAUUAGCUGACUAUAUCGCAUCCACUGGUCUGGGGGAUCUGCAACUCGCACUUAUGAUGAUACUUGCUCCGGUAAUCAAAGCGAAAAAGUAUGUCGCGAAGUAG